AUAGAAUACACGUGACCAGACGGACCCGAGGUCCCGCCCUCCGAUCUGCCCCGCGUGGGGUUCCGAAUACCUUCAUCGUAUUCUACUUUCCCCUCCUCCACCUCACAUACCCUUAUACAAACACACAACAUGGCAUCCCAAUACGGUGACCUCCGUCACCUCCUCCCCGGCAACUACAAACGUCUCAUCACCGCCUGGCUGGAAGAAGAUUGUCCUAGCUUCGACUAUGGCGGGUUCGUGGUGGGGGAAUCUGAAGGCGAGGCCCGGUUAUUGGGGAAGAGCGAGGGGAUCCUGGCAGGUGUCCCCUUCUUCGAUGAAGUCUUUUCUCAACUGGGUUGCACAGUAACCUGGCACAUCCCCGAAACCACCCCUAUCACCCCCACCCCCAGCAAUCCCACCACCCACGUCGCCACCGUCCGCGGCCCCAUCCGCAAAAUCCUCCUCGGCGAGCGCGUCGCCCUGAACAUCCUCGCCCGCUGCUCCGGCAUCGCAACCAAAACCUCCCGCCUCGUGACCGCGCUCCGCGCCCACGGCUGGUCCGGAACCCUCGCCGGCACCCGCAAAACCACCCCGGGGUUCCGCGUGGUCGAGAAAUACGGGAUCUUGGUCGGCGGGGCGGAUCCGCAUCGGCAUGAUUUGAGUGCGAUGACGAUGUUGAAGGAUAAUCAUGUCUGGGCGUGUGCGAAUAAUCGGGCGGCGGGGGAUGGGAGCGGAGUGGAGCUGGCGAAGGAGGGGGGGAUAGUGGCGGCGAUUCCGCGCGCCGUGCAAGCGGCUAAGGCGGUCGGGGGGUUCGCGACCAAGGUGGAGGUCGAGUGUCGGAGUUUGGAGGAGGCCGGGGCCGCGAUUGAGGCCGGGGCGGAUGUGAUUAUGUUGGAUAAUUUCACGCCGGAGGGGGUGAGGGAGGCGGCGCGGCGGUUGAAGGAGGAGUGGAGGGGCGAGGGGAGGGCGUUUUUGAUUGAGGUGAGUGGCGGGUUGAAUGAGGGGAAUGCGGCGCUGUAUGCCUGUCCCGAUGUGGAUAUUCUCUCGACGAGUUCGAUUCAUCAGGGCACCGGCAUCGUGGACUUUUCGUUGAAGGUGUCGUUGCGGUAGGUGGCCUUGGGAAUUGAUGGGGGUGGUGGACCAAACUAUUGAUGAUAUGUAUGAAUUGUAUGUCUAUUAGAGGUUUGUCAGGACUAGCUGGGACGAACGGUUGGUCCAAGUUUAGUGUAGAUGUAGUAGAAUCCUGCAUGUCCUAUGUACAUCGGUGCCAUGCGCCUGGCAGAAUCAA